AUGCCCCUGUUCAAGAAAUCCAAGGCGCCUGUUUCUUCUCCGCCUGGACAUUAUCCUGUGCGAUCCAGCGAGCACCUGGGCCGCCCCGCGUUAGCUCCACCGGACCACAGCACCAGCUCUAUUGAAUCGGCCUACGAUCAUCACAGAAACGAUUCCAGCCCGAAUCUGCAUCCUCAACCCCUGUCUCCCCAAUACUCCUACCCUUCUCCAGCGGCGACCCCCCAUCGCUCUCAGAGUCGCCGCCAGCCCCACCCCAGAACCCCUGAGGAUCCGCCGCCUCGUCGCCAGAAAAAGAGUUUGUUCGUGCGACCAACCUCCGGCUUCAUCGAGCGCAGCGUUUCCGUCAAGAGGAAGUCCCCGCAGCCCGCCUCCCAGCCCACCUCCCCUCGCUUGCCCCGAAGCUACGAGGAUCAGGAGCAGGAUCACAACUAUCUUGACGACUCCCCGCCGUCGGACUCGCCGACCUAUGAGCACCAGGCCUUUGCCCACCAGCAUCAACAUCAACAUCAUCACUCCUCCGAUCGCCGAUCCUUCCAUCAGUCGCGCCCAUCUCAGGACAGCGACCCCGAGUGGUCGCCCCAGCAAUUCAGCAAGCCGCUUGCUCUCACUCGAUCCAGGACCGACCUGACGGACCAAUUCACCCGAAACUCCCUCGUCGAUCAAGUGCCUGAAUCCCCGCGAUACGGGUCCGAUAACCAUCCCCGCACUAGACCUCGUUCACGCAACGACGACUUGGUGUUCAACUCGCGCCCCUCGUCUCGGCACUACCCCGAGCCCCAAUCUCAGGCGCCGUCGCAGAACCAGCCCGACGCCAUGCAGCAACCCCCUUCCCAGCCACCUCAGGCCUCGCAGCAACAAGCUGCCGAUCGCUCAUCCGGGAACCAGGAACCUGCUCGCAGAGGGAGCACUGCUCAGCCGACUCAAGCUGCACCGGAACAGGCUCGUGGUGCCCCAACCCCAAACAGAUCGCGCGAGGAGAUUGAAAAUGUUGAUGUUCGAGCAUUGAUGCAAAAGCAUGAUGAACUGCAGAGUAAAUACUCCAAGGUGAAGCGUUACUAUUUCGAGAAGGAAGCGCAGGUCCAGCACCUUCAGAAUACCGUGGCACACCAGCGCAUGGCUGUUUCGCGCACCGUGCUCGACGAUAAUGAAUAUACAAACCGGUUCCAAAGAUUAGAUGGGGCGAUCAAGGAUUUGGCAUUCUCUGUGCGCAAGGACUGGCGCGGCAUCCCGCAAUGGCUCCUCGGCUUCGCGACGGACGAGGCGGUUUCUGUGGGCACGAAGGAGAUGAUGGCGCUGGGACGCGCGGUGAUCACUCGCUGGUUGGUAGAAGAGGUCUUCCAGCGCCAUUUCCACCCCGGCCUCGAGCCCGGGCUCAGCAUCCAGCUGAAGAACAUCGAGAUGAACCUCCGGCGGCAACAGCUCCGGCCCGCCACCGAUGAGGACCGCGAGAACGUCAUCGCGAAGCUCUCCAACUGGCGGCGCGCGACCUUCGAUGGACUGGGCGAUAUUCUCUCCACCCCUGCCGCCCAAAAUCACCGCGCCGAUCUGAUCGAGCAUCUCACCGUAGAGCUGGCCACCUUCCUGAGCAGCCAGCUGCAUGAGCAGGCGCUGCCGGGCUUGGAAGCGGGCGUGCGCAUGAUCAUCGAGAACACGGUCAACAUUAUCGAGAAGAUCCCCCUGGAAGCCCGGGAUGUUUGUGUCGAAUACUUCCCCCCCAACAUCGCCUUUCAUGACAACUAUAUGAAAGUCGAAGGCCAACUACCACAGCUCAGCCACAUUCCUCCUCCACCCACGGAUCAGGACAUGGAGGAUAUUUUCGCCGGAGACGCAGACUCCUCGUCGCCCGGGUCCAACUCCACCGGCGGAGAGGCCGCCCCACCGCCGCCACGCGAAGCCCGCAAGAAGUCGGUCUUCAGCUCCCUUAUCGGCCGUCGCAGCAACGAACCCUCUGCCCGCCCGGCCACUGGUGAGAAGGCCGAGCAGCCCGAUCCACCGCGCAUCCGCUAUGCAUCCUUCCUGACCGUGGAAGUGCGCGGUAAGGGACCCGCGACGGUUCUGAUUAAAGCGCCGGUGUGGCUGCUCGAGUGA